CAUAAAUUCCAAGUUUUUUUUGUGAAAUCAAAUCCUAUAGAAAGACCACAAUUAAGAAAAAAAGAUGGAUCAUAUUUAUCAUCAAUGUCGAAAGAGGUUUUCCUUCAAGAAGGCAACAAUAGCUCUGACUAUCGUCAACGUGCUCAUCUUCCUCUUCCUCCUUCGCGGCUUUUUCACUUCAUCGCCAUCUUCUUCUUCUUCCUCUCCCCGAAUCAUUUCAGCUCGGCUUCGGUAUAUCAAGGAGGCCCGAGAGAUUAGGCUUGCCAUGCAACCUUUAGAGCUCAUCAAAAGAGUCAAAGAAAUACAACAGGAGGCAUUUGCAGGACGUGAAACAGAGCAGCAGAAAGAUGUGAAGCAGAACACAGCCGUUGAUCUGGCUAAACGGCCUAAAGCUUUUCUCCCCACAAACGAGGAAUCAAGCUUGAAAGCAUUGGAAGAAUGGCGAAAGCGGAAAAUGGAACGAGCAAGACAACGGGACCUUGAGAAAACUGGAGGUGUUUCAUCAUCCAAAACACCAUAAAAGACACUAACUAUAUUCGAAAGGCAAAGAAGUAAAAAGGAAAGCAUCGGAAACGUUGUAACUUCUCCGACAUUUAACUUCACAAACCUUGUUAUACACCAAAUCAAUAUUCAGUACCAUC